UCUCACACCCUAGCAAACGUAUAAAUCGAAGACGAUCCAUGAAGAUGGCACAGUUGCGUGAAAGAGUUGAAAGGUGCCAUCACUCCACAAUGAAAGUGUUGAUUGUCGUGAUUCUCGUGUCAUUUUCGCACGCAAAACCUCAACGUCAACAUAAGGAAGACCUAGGAAAAUACGUGUCCGACAACAGUGGCCAAUACGUUCACGAUGACAGCGGCCGUUACAUCCACGAUCACAGUGGCGACUACAUACCAGACGGCCUCGGCGGUUACUUGCACGAUGGAGCAGGUGGAUACACAUCCGACGAUAGUGGUAUUUACAAAAAUGACGGAAUACACCGAAGAAGUGAUAUCGAUUCGUACAAAUCAGCGCAUAGGGUUUUCACCAACAGUUUCGCAGAUAAAUCCACAACUAAAUCUCAAAAUUCCAAGUACGGUCAAAUUGGAUCCGCUAAUUUGUUAGGAGCGGGGUCAACACCCGCUAAACACACACUUAGACCGGACUCAAUUUUCGGAGACUUAGCAUCGGCAGCAUCUCCAGUUGGAUCUGCGUCUAAGCUGUCAGGUACCACUUACGACCAAGGGCGGUAUUCCAAUCCAAAUGGUAAAUGGAAAAUUAAACGACAAGGACAAGAUGUCGACACCGACGGAUAUCACUGGGAAUUUGAAACUGAAAACAAAAUUAUCGCAGAAGAGUCUGGAAAACUGGCAAACAAAGGUACGGAAAAGGAAGGCAUGAGAGCUAAAGGAUUCUAUCAAUACAUGGGACCGGACAAUGUUCCAUAUUCCGUCACAUACACUGCCGAUGAAAAUGGAUUUUUGCCUGUUGGUAGCCAUUUGCCGACACCUCCCCCAAUUCCCGUAGAAAUUCUAAGAGCUUUAGAUUAUUUAAGAUCUCACGGUAAAUUAUGAAGCGGAUUUAAGUUUAGUUAACGUUUUAAGAUGUAUAUGAACUGGACUGAACAUUAAAGGACCUAAGUUUUGUCAAAAUCGUACAGUA